UGGCGCCCAGCGGCUCGGGCUGACCGGACGGGGCGGGCGCCCCGGGACAGCCUCGCGCGGUACCUCCCGGCCCGCGCGCCCAGCCAGCCGGCGCGGGACGUUCGCUCGGGGGUCGCGGCCGCUCCGGCGAGAGCUGUGGCCACUGCCACCUGCUCACCCUCUCUCCCUGCCCCCAGAUCCCCUCCGUGCUGGUGAGAGCAGGGCCGCUGGCCACCUAGCAUCCAUCCGCGAAGAUGAGUGCCUGCGGGAGGAAGGCCCUGACUCUGCUGAGCAGCGUCUUUGCGGUCUGUGGCCUGGGCCUCCUGGGCAUAGCCGUCAGCACCGACUACUGGCUGUACCUGGAGGAGGGCGUGGUCCUGCCUCAGAACCAGAGCACGGAGAUCAGGAUGUCCCUGCACUCAGGCCUCUGGCGGGUCUGCUUCCUUGCAGGUGAGGAGCGGGGACGCUGCUUCACCAUAGAAUACGUGAUGCCCAUGAACUCCCAGCUGACGUCCGAGUCCACGGUCAACGUUCUAAAGAUGAUUCGCUCAGCCACACCGUUCCCUCUGGUCAGCCUCUUCUUCAUGUUUAUCGGCUUUAUCCUGAGCAACAUUGGACACAUCCGUCCCCACAGGACGAUACUGGCCUUCGUCUCCGGCAUCUUCUUUAUCCUCUCCGGCCUCUCUCUCGUGGUGGGCCUCGUGCUGUACAUCUCCAGCAUCAACGACGAGGUGCUCAACAGGACUAAGGACCCAGAGACCUAUUUCAACUACAAAUACGGAUGGUCGUUUGCCUUCGCUGCCAUCUCUUUCCUUUUAACAGAGAGUGCCGGCGUGAUGUCUGUGUACCUGUUCAUGAAGAGGUACACCGCCGAGGACAUGUACAGACCUCACCCUGGCUUCUACCGCCCUCGGCUGAGCAACUGCUCCGACUACUCGGGCCAGUUCCUGCACCCGGACGCCUGGGUCCGGGGCCGCAGCCCCUCCGACAUCUCCAGCGACGCCUCCCUGCAGAUGAACAGCAACUACCCGGCCUUGCUCAAGUGCCCUGACUACGACCAGAUGUCGUCUUCGCCCUGCUGAGCCUCGGCCGCCUCCCGCCCUGGAC